UUCCUGCUGUCAAGUAGCUCUUUAGCGUGCUCGUCGCCAUUUUCGCGAGUCCGAUUUUCGGAAGUUUUGGCAAACUUUUCCUGGUGCCCCCGAUUCCGAACGGAACAGAUCGUCGCCUGGAACAGCGCGCUUGGCCGGACGUGACCCACAAUGCCGAAGAACAAGGGAAAGGGAGGCAAGAACCGUCGCCGCGGUAAGAACGAGAACGAGUCGGAGAAGCGCGAGCUGAUCUUCAAGGAGGACGAGCAGGAGUACGCUCAGGUCACAAAAAUGCUCGGAAACGGCAGGCUGGAGGCGAUGUGCUUCGACGGCGUCAAGCGGCUGUGUCACAUCCGAGGCAAGCUGCGGAAAAAGGUGUGGAUCAACCAGGGCGACAUCAUACUGAUCGGCCUGCGCGACUACCAGGACUCGAAGGCGGACGUCAUCCUAAAGUACACGCCCGACGAGGCGCGAAAUCUCAAGACGUACGGCGAGUUCCCCGAGUCGGUGCGCAUCAACGACACGGUCACCUUCGUCGACAACGACCUGGACGACGACAUCGAGUUCGGCGACGAUUACGACAGUUCCGAGGACGAGGUGGACGCCGUGGACGACAUAUGAUCGGCUCGCUAGCAAAAUCCGCAACAGUAACAACCAGCAGCAGCAGCAGUUGAAGAAAAUUUCAAAUCCAAUUCGUGAAUAUUGUUCCAGUAUAGCAAAAACCAGCAACAAUUAUCAACAGCUUACAAUUUGGUGUUCCGGUUUAGAACAGGAAAUACAUGUAUUGUUUUAUAUUUUAUUCCAAUUUAA